AUGGCCAAAUCAAAGCAAGUAACGAAGAAGGUCGAGAAGAAGGUCGAGAAGAAGGUCGAGAAGAAGGUCGAGAAGAAGGUCGAGAAGAAGACUGAGGCGCCUCUUACCACCAAGAAGCAGAAUGAGACUCCAUACCAGCUGGACCCUGCGCAAGUCGAGCGAGCGGCGAAUGCGCUUGUUGCGCACAUGAAGAAGCACAAGGAGGAGAAGGAAACCGUCGGGACCAAAGAUUUGAUGGCGGAUGAGGAUGAGGCUGAGCCGAGCGACCAGCCCAUUUUCCUCAGUGUUUCCACCAAGAAGCACGUCAACAACACCAACAGCCUGAAGCCUACCAAGAUUACUCUCCCCCAUCCGAUCAUUGCGAGCGACGCCAAGAUUUGCAUCUUCACCAAAGACCCACAGCGAGCAUACAAAGACCUCGUUGCGUCCGACGCAUUCCCUGCUGCGCUUCGCGAGCGGGUCGGUCGUGUUCUUGGCGUCGAGAAGCUGAAGAAGAAGUUCAAAUCAUUCGAGCAGAAGCGUGCUCUCCUCGCCGAUUACGACAUCUUCAUGGUAGACGACCGCGUCGUCAAGAUUGUUGCCGACUUCCUGGGCAAGGUUUUCUACGGCGGUAAAUCCAAGCGCCCAAUCCCGAUCAGAUUGACCGCUGGCGCAUUUGUGGACAAGACUGUGAAGAAGGAUAAGGAGCCCCAGAACAUCGUCGGCACACCACAAGGCGUCGCAAAGGAGAUUGAGACCGCACUGAACUCGACAUAUCUCAGCAUGAGCGCCUCGGCCAACACCUCGAUCAAAGUCGGCAAUCUCUCCCAGUCUGCUGCGCAGAUCAAGGAGAACACUGAAGCCGUCAUUGCUGCUAUCAUCCCCAAGCACAUCGAGCAGGGUUGGCGAAACGUUCGCAGCCUACACAUCAAAGGCCCUGCCACAAAGGCCCUGCCCAUCUGGCUCGCCGACGAACUGUGGAUCGAUGACGCUCAAGUGCUUGACGAGCCUUUCCAGAAGAAGAGCAUCGGCGAGGGUAAGACCGCACAGACAAAGCGCAAGUGGGAGGAGUGGGAGGAAGAACUACUCGAUGAGGAGGACUUCGCAGAGAAGAAGGCAAAGCGUGAGGCUAAGAAGGCGAAGAAGGUCGGGCCCGCAAAGAAGAGCUCCUUGAGCAAGGAGAAGCGGAAAGCGUUGAAGCAGGACGCGCUCUCAUCGGUCCAGACACCGCUGAUUGCAUGA